AUGAUUGAAAGUGACGAUAGUUGGGUAGAGAUCGUAGAAGAAUUCUCUAGUAGAGUUAGCCUUGACAUUCCCUCACUUUCUGCAGAGGAGAACGGCAAAGUCUCUGGCGAUGUGAACAACGGAGAGGAAAGAGCUAUGGUAUGGCCAAAGCUUUACAUAACCCUCUCUAGCAAAGAGAAAGAGGAGGAUUUUCUUGCUAUGAAGGGUUGCAAGCUUCCUCAAAGACCCAAAAAGAGAGCUAAGAUAAUCCAAAGAAGCUUACUUUCGGUGAGUCCUGGCGCGUGGUUGACUGAUAUGUGCCAAGAGAGAUAUGAAGUUAGGGAAAAGAAAAGUAACAAAAAGAGGCCAAGAGGAUUGAAGGCUAUGGGGAGUAUGGAAAAUGAUUCUGAAUGA